UCCGACUUCCCCAAUCUCUCGCCUUCCCUGACCCUCUGCGCCGCAAUUCCAAAAGGUAAGGAUUCGCCUUCGAUCCUAUGCGAAAAGUCCACCACUCCCAACCCCGAUCGAUGGCGGCCGAGGGCGAAAAGAAGAUGAUCACGCUCAAGAGCUCCGACGGCGAGGAGUUCGAGGUGGAGGAGGCAGUCGCAAUGGAGUCGCAGACCAUCCGCCACAUGAUCGAGGACGACUGCGCCGACAACGGCAUCCCGCUCCCCAACGUCAACUCCAAGAUCCUCUCCAAGGUCAUCGAGUACUGCAACAAGCACGUCCACGCAGCGGCCGCCGCGGCCGCCGCGUCCAAGGCCGGCUCCGAGGACGCGGGGGCCACCGCCGCCAACAGCACCGCGGCCUCAGGCGAGGACCUCAAGAACUGGGACGCCGACUUCGUCAAGGUCGACCAGGCCACCCUCUUCGACCUCAUCUUGGCUGCAAACUAUCUCAACAUCAAGGGUCUGCUGGACCUGACCUGUCAGACUGUUGCUGACAUGAUCAAGGGCAAGACUCCUGAGGAGAUCCGGAAGACCUUCAACAUCAAGAACGACUUCACCCCUGAGGAGGAAGAGGAGAUCCGCAGAGAGAACCAGUGGGCCUUCGAGUAGAGAGGUGCUUGAGCCCCUGAUCCCUUGAUGCCUAGGUUUCGUCAUAUCUAUUACCUUGCAAUGCUCUGCUUUUAUGUGUUGUCGUAAUGGUUGUAAGUAUUUUGGGUCUCUAUGGGGUUGGUUUGAGAACAAGUGUUGAUCAUGGGUAAAAACUGAUGUGGUCAUUGAUGUUAUUCUGAACCAAUUAUCAGUUAAAUAUCAUGAGAAGACUAAGUGGCUGCUGCCCUAAGAAGUUAACCUCGAUUUGCUGUGGCGUCAUGUUUA